AUGAACAUGGCUGUCUCGCUAAACACCGAGACGGAUGGACCUAUGGGGUCCUCGUUUGAUGAGUCUACUGCAGCUUGCGGACAGGUUAACUGUUCAGAGCCAGUAACAGAUGCAUCUGGUGGUAUGCAGUGUGACGUCUGCUGCCGCUGGUAUCACGAAAGCUGUACCGGCCUACAAGCUGACCAGUACCAAAUGCUAUCAUCAAGCGUCCACUUUCUUUUCAGCUGCGCUGAAUGCUGCGCUAAAAGAUCGACGCGCCCGGCUGUCACCGGUGCUAAACUUUCAGCGUUGGCUUCAAGGUUGGCAGAUGUUGAGUUGGCGAUAGCUAAACUCGCCUCUAUUGCGUCGCUCGAUACGAAAAUGGAUUUAAUUUUAAAAUCCCUAAAUAUUUCGUUUGAAGACACAGCAAUAGCCGGCAACAUUGCUGACGAUCCAUCCACUGGAGUCUCUCACUCGAUCAUAAAGUCGCACAUCCUACCGGCCAAUCCAGGUAGCAUUGCUGGCGGUCCUCAUGAUCCGAUCAAAGUGAAGAAAAAUAGGGUGCGGAAAUACCAAAAGCCCUCUGCUAAACCCAGAGAAAUAGUUGCCACGGCAUCAAACGAGAUGCCGUCUUUGACAGUCGUAAAGUCGUCUGAAGAUUGCACACAGAACUUUCCACAGACGCUGACUGUCUCGGCCGCCAGUGAACCAGCCUGUUCUGACGAAAUGCUGGUAACUGCCCAAUGCGAUACAAAGUCAACAGCCCCUGCUCCAGUGAGCCAAAAGAAGAAGCGGACAAGAUCUGCUCGUAAAACUUCGAAGGGGCUUGAAGACCCUGGAACCAGUAAGACGCCGGCAAUAGAGCGGAAAACCUACGCUACCGUUGCUUCGGCGUCGUUUGGGAAGCCAGCGACAGUCCCACCGCCAGUGGUGAAAACAGCUGGUAUAGGUGUCGAAUCAAAGGCACGUGGGGUAAACACUCCCCGUCGUGCCGACUCUUUCACGGAUAGUAGCGUUAUAUUCCGUAACGUUACUGAAUCUGAGGCUGUUCUCCCAAGGGAACGCAUCUUGGAUGACAUCAAGUGGCUGAAACUGUGUGUCAGCAAGCUGCUUCCACCUGGUUUCCCUGGUGUCACUGUCAGAAAGCUGACCAGAUUGGGGAACGUUCCUAUCGCUACGCCAAAUCCACGACCCCGACUACUUCGCGUAGUCCUUUCUACCCCGGAGGAACGCAAAUCGUUACUGCGAUUUGCAUUCAAACUUAAGGGUAGUGGUGUCAGCGUUCAGCCGGACCUCCCACUGGCAGAUAGGUUGAAGUUAAAGGAGGCUAUCAAAGACCUCAAAACUAGACGGGCGGCUGGUGAACAAGGCCUCCGUCUGGUGGGUUUUCAGGUGGUCAGCCGGAAAUUACUUUCCGCCCUAUCAGAACCAAUCCUGAUGGCGCACGACCCAGGGAUGGUCGUGCCGACUUCCUUGAGGUAG